AUGUCAGUCGAGUGCCGAAUCCGGCCCUUCGACCGGCCAACCAAGACUGGCAAGCCCGAAGACCGCCCGGACCUCCGCAAGCCUCCCGUCUUGUUCGUCAACCGCGCCAGUUUCGAGGCUCUCGAGCGCGCGUACGGUGCACCCGCCGCAGUAGUGCAUGUGCGCGUGGAAAGACUCCAGGAUGGCGAAGUCUCCGGAGGCAGCGGGGUCGCGACGCCGAACAGUGGUGAUGCUGCGGUAACUGCGACCACGCCGCUGGUUAGGCAGGCGACUGUGAUGCCGUCUGCGCAGGAUAUGAAGGGGGAUGUGGUGAAGAUGACGAGGGUGUUUAUGGAGGCAGUGGGGUUCCAUACGGGGGACUUGGUGAGGAUUACGGCGAAUAGGAGUGUGGCGACGGAGAAGGCGGCGGAGAGGGUAGUUGUGGAGGAUGUUACGGGGGAGCAGUGUGAAGGGGUGGAUUUGGGGUUGAGGGGGUGGGAGAGGACGCUUUGGGAGUUGGGGAUAAGAGAGUUUUUGAUAUUCGAGCUCAAGCUUGUCACGACUGCUCGUCAGUUCAGGGUCAUCUCGGUCAACUCACGGACAGAUAACCUCGCCCGAAUCGAGCUGGCUACGACCGUGGAGAUUUCCCACGCCGCCAUCACUACAGGCUCCGAUGCACAAAUAGCAGCGGGUAGCCGCGAGCUAGUCGUCUCAAACGUACCAGGCCUCGGGCGCCAGAUGAAACUCCUCAACGACUUCUUCGCAGACCUGCAGUCCUCCCUCCCCGCCCUAACGUCCCUCGACGCCCGCUGGCGAUCCUGCGCAAUCGCCAUCCAUGGCGGCCGUGGAACGGGCAAGACCUUUGUGCUAGACAAGAUCGCCAGCGCCUGCGAGGGCAAAUUCAAAGUCAUCCGCGCGCAAAAAGGAACCCCCCCGAGCGCCAUGAGCGGGAUUCUCGUGCAGGCCGAACUCGACCAGCCCAGCGUGGUGCUCAUUGACGACCUCGACGACAUCCUCGAGACGGCACAGAGGUCCGUGCCGCAGCUAGUGGGGAUAUUGACCUCAGGUUUGGACAAGUUCGCGAGCGACGCUGCUGAGGCGGGGCGCGCGUCUGUCGCCGUCGUGGCUACGUGUAAGGAUUACUUUUCGCUGCCGCACGAGCUGAGGAGGUUGAAGAGGUUCGUUAAGGGGAUUGCGCUGCCUAUCCCCGAUGUGCCGAGCAAGGUCGAGAUUCUCAAGUCUUUCAACGUGCCUCUUCCCGAGGACGCAAAGGAGGAAAUCCUCUUGGACGUGGCGAAGAGGACGUACGCUUUUAACCCCGAGGAUCUGGAGAGGUUGGCUUCCACGGCCGUCGACACUGCCGUGGGGCGGCUGAGGCGCGAGAUUAAGAGCGGGCUGAAGGAUGCGGAGACGCCUUUGUCCUGUACGAGGAAGGAUUUGGAGAGCGCUUUGGCGAGGACGACGCCGAGCUCGUUGCACGAUAUUAACCUGCGGCCGCCUACCGUUCACUGGAGGGAUAUCGGAGGGCAGCAGAAGGUCAAGAACGAGCUACAGAGAAUGAUACGAGAAGUCCUCGGCCAAUCCCCCCUCUGCCUCCAACCCCCCAAAGGCAUCCUCAUGUACGGGCCCCCCGGCUGCGCCAAAACCUACUGCGCCCAAGCCCUCGCCACCGAAUCCGGCUUCAACUUCUUCUCCGUCAAGGGCCCCGAGCUGCUCAACCAAUAUGUCGGCGAAACAGAACGCAACAUCCGGCGUCUCUUCCAGCGCGCCGCCGCGUCAGCCCCUGCCAUCAUCUUCUUCGACGAGCUCGACACGAUGGGCCUCACGCCGCGCCGCGGAGGAGGAUCUUCCAAAGGUAACGGCGGAGCGGGUGGUGUGGGUGUAGGUGUCCUGGGAGCCCUGUUGACGGAGCUGGACGGCUUCGAAAAGCUCGAGGACGUCGUCGUCUUGGCGGCCACGAAUAGUCCCGAGAGCAUCGAGCCGGCGCUUUUGAGAUCGGGACGGUUGGAUAGGUAUUUGUUCGUGGGUCCGCCGGACGUCAAGGAAAGGGAGGAGAUUUUUGGGAUUUAUGCUGCCAAGGUGCCCGUUGCUGAGGAUGUGGAUUUGGCGGAGUUGGCUGUCAUUACGGAUGGGUAUACUGGCGCGGAUAUUAGAGGCUUGGUUAACGAGGCGGGUCAUGUUGUGUUUACGGAGAGGGGAGGGGAGACGGAGGGCGCUGUUAUUGGGAUGGAGCAUUUGGUUAAGGCUAUUGGUUUGAGAGGGCCGUCUGUGACUCCGGAAGUUUUGAGGAGGUAUACGGAGUGGAGGCCGUCUCAUAACUUUAAGUCCUAG